AUGGGUCAGGCGAACGACGUUCAGGGUUGCUUUGCUGGCUUCAAAAGUCUGUUCUCCAAGAAGGAUCGCAUCCCACUGCCCGAGAACGAUCCUUUCUACUCUGACCGCAGCGACGACUUUUCAGCUCUAGCCAACGGCGCUAUCCUGCGAUCAAGGCAGAUCGAAGUCGUCUACUUUCCCGGAUUCGACAAUCCGCCUCUGCAAGCCUGGCAGGUAGCGUACAAGACCAAAGCGCAAGAUGGCAUGACUCCCCAGGUUACGGUCGUCACCAUCCUCAAACCCUCUACAGCAGCACCGGACAGCGAUGGCAAGUACCGCAUCCUGGCGUACGGCGCCAAGUGUGAUUCGGCAGGGACCAACUUCCGGACGAGUUAUGCGCUCAGAGCGGGCAACGACUACACCCUUGGUGCCGCAUCUGAGCAGGUGUUUAUUGCGCCGCUUCUGGAUCGCGGCUGGAUCACGAUCGUUCCAGACUACGAAUCAGAGACAUGUGCAUUCGGCGCCGGGUACCAGUCAGGGUAUGCGUUUCUGGACUCGAUCCGGGCCGUGCUCAAUUUUGAGCCGAUGGGGGUCAGCAAGGAUGCGAGCGGUAAUUUCGAGGCAAAGAUCGCCAUGUGGGGUUACUCGGGUGGCGCGCUUGCGGUUGGUUGGGCAUCACAGCUACAGCCGUCGUAUGCGCCGGACCUGUCGCGCUACCUCGUGGGUGCAAGCAUGGGAGGCUUACCCAACGAUCUGAAAGCGAUCGCAGAGUACACAAACAAAGGGGUCGCGGCCGGACUGAUCGUGGGGGUCAUGCGCGGGCUCGCCAACGCCUACAUGGAACUCAACGACUGGCUGGAUCAGCACGCCAACAAGACAGGCAAGGCGGCACUCCAGAUGGCUCUCACCAAGAGCUUUGGCGUCAUCAUGGCCAAUACCCUAGGGAAAGAUGUACUGGGGACCUACUUUGAUACCCCCGACUUGCUGCAAGCGACGAUCCCAGCCCAGAUCAUAGCCGAAAACAAGAUGGGCGCCAACGAGCUCGUCCCCACCGUCCCCUGCCACAUCUACCAGUCGCUGCACGACGAAGUGGUGCCGUUCAAGACCACCGACGACCUCGUGGUUGCGUGGAGCUCGCAAGGCGCCUGCAUCGACUACGUCCGCGAUACGCUGUCUGCGCACAUUGUCCUGUGCUUCACUGGUUGUUCCAUGGCCAUUCGGUGGAUGCAGGAUCGGUUUGAUGGCAAGCCGACCGUCGCAAAGCCGGGCAAGCCGAGCGUAGAGACAGUAAUGACGAGCCUCGAUACGAGCGAUGCUGCGUUGACGUUGGGCAAGCAGCGUCAGAACGAGAUGCAGAACUUAUUGGACAAUCAGUACAAGCGACCCGGUCGCAACUGGUGGACAUGA